AUGUCUGCUACAGCACGGCAGCGUCUCCAAGCCCUCAGCAAACAGCUGGUCGAGGGCAUCCCCGACGAGGGAACCUUUGAGGAUAUUCCCAAGAUUCGUCAUAUUGCCUCAGACUCUGUAGGCCCUCGGACAAAGGACAAGGUGGUAAUUGUCACCGGAGCCAACUCUCCCAAUGGAAUUGGCCGAGCCAGCGCUCACCAAUUCGCUCAUAACGGCGCGAAGGCCGUCUAUAUCUGCGACUAUGUCGACUCACACCUGGCAACACACAAACGCGAGAUUGAGUCCCUGUACCCAGGCGUGGAUGUGCAUGUGCGGCAAUUUGAUGCCGCCGAUGAAAAGGCCCUAGUGGCUGUUAUCGACGAAGCGAUGGCCAAGUAUGGGCGACUGGACAUAUUUUUUGCCAAUGCCGGCAUUGUGGGCCAGCCGAAGAUGUUCACCGACAUUGAUGGUGAUGGCUUUAUGAAGACUAUGAGGACCAAUGCUUUGGGUGUCUUCCUGGCAGCCAAGCAUGCCGCCCCGGCAAUGAAAGUAACCUCGGAAGCAAAGCCGUACCCCAGCGGCUCCAUUAUCUGCACUGCAUCAGUGGCGGGACUGCGCUCCAAUGCCGGCUCCACAGAUUACUCCGCAUCUAAGGCGGCAGUUGUGUCUAUCGCCCAGACCUGCUCUUAUCAGCUGGCCGGCACUGGUAUUCGUAUCAAUGCCAUCUGCCCGGGUCUGAUCGAGACGGGCAUGACACAGGCGGUCUUCGACCAUGCUCGGGCACGCGGCACACAGCGCAAGAUCGGGCAGUUGAACCCGACACAACGGGGUGCUGUUGCCGAUGAGGUUGCGCGCGUGGCCUUGUUCUUGGGGAGUGAUGAGAGCAGCUAUGUCAAUGGUCAGGCCUGGGCUGUUUGUGGUGGUUUGAGCGCUGGACACCCCGUUGUCCCCGGGAAGCUUGCAUAA